AUGGAGCACGACACUCCAGGCAGGAGACACAAGCUGGGCGUCGUGUCCGGCGUAUACAUCCCAGUAUGCCUCAACAUUCUCAGCAUUCUCAUGUUCCUCAGGUUCGGCUUGAUUCUAGGGCAAAUCGGUCUACUGGGCAUGCUCGGUCUCAUGCUGAUCGCCUACACUGUCGACUUCGUGACAACGCUCUCCCUCUCUGCCAUCGCUUCCAAUGGAGAAGUCAAAGGAGGUGGCGCCUACUACCUUAUCUCGAGGUCGCUCGGCCCGGAGUUUGGGGGCUCCAUCGGCCUGCUGUUCUACCUGGCACAAGUGCUCAACACGGCUCUCAAUGUUGUCGGUCUGAUUGACUGCGUCAAGCUCAACCUCGGCGACGCCAUGCCUGAGGGCUACUGGUGGGACUAUCUCUUCGGCACCUUCGCCCUUGCGCUCUGCACCAGUCUCUGCCUAGCCGGAAGUUCCACCUUUGCGAAAGCAAGCAAUGCCCUCUUGGUGGUCUUGACCAUCUCCACCCUGAGCAUACCUUUCUCUGCCCUGGUAAAGCCGGCCUUCAGCGACCCGGCAAGGGGGAUUGAGUUCACGGGAAUCAGUUUGGAGACUCUACGGUCCAACUUGCUCCCUCACUUACACAGCAGGGAUCAUGCUGCCCUCGACAAGUUCCGCAACUUGUUUGGCAUCCUGUUUCCAGCAACGUCGGGAAUCUUCGCUGGAGCGUCGAUGUCGGGCGACCUGCGGAAUCCAAGCAAGGCCAUUCCAGUCGGCACAUUGUGGGCUAUGCUGUCCACCCUCAUUGCCUACCUGCUCGUCGUCCUCUCAUUGGCAGCGAGCACUGCCCAUGCGUCUUUGCUUCUGUACGCAAACAUCAUCCAAGAUAUAAACAUAUGGCCUCCUAUAGUCUUUGCCGGAGAAUUAGCUACUACCUUCUUCUCGGCAUUGAUGGGUAUCAUCGGGUCUGCUAAGCUGCUGCAAGCUCUCGCGAGAGACAAACUCUUCCCUGGUCUGUCGCUGUUGGGGAAGGGCACAAGAAAGGCGGACGAGCCGAUACUCGCAAUCUUCCUGACCUACCUCGCUGCGCAGAUGGCAAUGUUUGCGAACCUGAACCAGAUUGCUACCUUGAUAUCCAUGGGCUACCAGAUGACCUUCUUCGUAAUGAAUCUCGCUUGCUUUCUGCUCAAGAUCGGUUCUGCGCCCAAUUUCAGGCCAGGGUUCAAGUUCUUUAGCUGGCAAACAGCACUUGCCGGCAGCUUGCUUUCCGCGGCAGCCAUGUUUUUCAUCGACGAGACAUAUGCCACCACGGCCGUCUGCCUCUUGGUGUUUCUGUUCCUACUGAUCCAUUACCUGAGUCCGCCGAAGCACUGGGGGGAUGUGUCCCAGAACCUGAUCUACCACCAAGUGCGGAAGUACCUGUUGCGCCUAAAGCCCGAGCACAUCAAGUUUUGGAGGCCGCAGAUUAUCCUCCUCAUCAACAACCCAAGAAGACAAACGCGGCUCAUACAGUUCUGCAACUCGCUAAAGAAGGGGGCUCUCUACAUCCUGGGCCAUGUCAUUGUCACGGACGACUUUUCGGCUGGAGUCACCGAGGCCAAGCUUCAGCAAGCCGCGUGGACCAAGUACAUCUCCGAGUACUCCCGGAUUAAGGCGUUUGUUCAGCUGACCAUGUCGCCGACAAUAACCUGGGGUGUCAGAAAUCUGAUACUUUCGGCUGGUCUGGGUGGAAUGAGGCCAAACAUUGCCGUCAUGGGUUUCUACAAUAUGGACGAGUUGCGCCGCUCCCGCCCGGCACUUCAAAUUCCAGAGGUACCAAAAUCCCUCGGGCCCGCCGAACAGGGCGACUCAAAGCCUGAAACUAAAGUUCGGAAGAGGAAGCGAGGGGAUACCUCAGCCCUACUUCUGGAGGAGGUGCUGCCUACGGACGUUAUCAAAACCGAAGACAUGAUGUCCGUGACCGACUAUCUCACGAUCCUCGAGGACAUGGCGCUGCGAUACCGCUUGAACGUUGCUAUCGGGAAGGGCUUUGAGUCGCUGGAGACGCCACGAAAAGAUGGCAGCAACACGAAAAAGUACAUCGAUCUGUGGCCGAUUCAAAUGUCUGCGGCGCUCACAGCCGACGGGAAGAGUGUCCUCACCACGAACUUCGACACAUAUACGUUGAUUCUCCAACUGGGAUACAUUCUUCACACAGUCCCAGCGUGGAAGAAGGCCUAUCGCCCCCGAGUACUCGUCUUCGUUGAGUAUGAGAGCGAAGUGGAGGAAGAACGGGGCAGAGUCAAGGCUUUGCUAGAUAAGCUUAGGAUUGAUGCCGACGUUUUGGUGUUCUGGCUGGCGUCGGGCAGUUUGUGGACAUAUGAGGCCGUCAUACAUGGCCACUUUGAGAAACCCGAGAUUGAGAACAUGGUCAACGAAUGCCUGAAGAACCAGGAGUGGUGGGAAGACUUGCAAAACUACCGUGGUAGUAGCUCAAUGACGCAGUCUCAGGAACUUGCAUCCAUAUCUCACGUUAUGGAGUCCACCUCGGGCAGGCCAGGCUUGUAUAACCCCCACAAUGAGCUUUCGGGUAGCAAGGAAAGAAGACGCCAUAGUUUGGCGCAGCUCACCGAACUGCCAAAAAAGCCUACCGUGUCCCAGCUGGUCAAGUGGGGCGUGAGCAUGGGGAUUCACACCCAAAACCUGCCGUUCAGUGUUAUUGAUAGCUCGGAUUCGGAUGCCGGGGCCGAGAGCGACACAGAUAGCGACUCGUCGGAAAGCAGCAUCAUGGAUGAGCGGAACAUGGAGGCAAGGAGCACGUCGAGCGAUGCCGACGACUUGGCUAGGCGUCCGCUAAUGGCAACCGUUCAACGUCGGCGAAGCUACGCAGAUCUCAUAACCCGUACAACGAGCCCACGUCGGGAGAAGAGGUUGAAAGCUUCACCGCCACCGGUUCCGGGUUCGUAUGGCACGAUCACAUUGCAUAGGCAUGACAGGGGCGGAUAUGGUGCAGAAUCGGCAAGAGACGGCGGAAACGGGACAGGGUCAUCAAAAAGCCGGGGUAUCCUAAAGCAGGAUCGACCGCCAUUGUCAAGACACGGUUCCUCAGCAAUGAGGUUUUCGAGCAACUUAGUCCCUCAGACAACGAUCACGAAUGAAGACGGCGCUGGCCCACGAAUCAUGUUUGCAGAAGCGGAAACUCGCACAGAAUGGCCACCACUUUCUCGUCAGUCAUCAUUUGGACGGGGGGUCGGCGGAGAGUCAAGCGCUGGAGGGGAGAGGGGAAAUGACAAAAAGGUCUCGUUUGCUGAACCGAGCACGGGAAUGAACACUCCGGCGAGAUCUCGAAGGAGCUCUGGAUCAAAGGAGACAGACAACGAGGGCGAUGUCUCAAUCAACAUCCCCGGUUUGCUGACUUCGUAUCGGCUUGCUGGGGACGACGAAAACAAGGACGGGUCGCGGUACUCGACGCAAGCUCUCUCGCUCUCCUUCAACGACCUGCCAAGGCGGGCACAGCACCUGAUACUGAAUGAGCUCAUGGGGCAAAACAGCAGCGACACGGCCGUGAUGUUGACGACGUUGCCGAUUCCGGAGGAGAAUACAUGCCAAAGCGAAGAGGCUAGUCUGGCUUACCUCUCUGACGUUGAGGUUCUUUGCAACGGGCUGCCUCCUGUGCUUCUGGUGCUGAGCAACAAUGUGACGGUCACGGUCAGUCUCUAG